AUGGAUUUCAGAACUGCCUGUGAGGAGACAAAGACAGGGAUUUGUUUGCUGCAGGAUGGUAAUCAGGAGCCUUUCAAAGUCCGGCUGCACCUAGCCAAAGAUAUUCUGAUGAUCCAGGAACAGGAUGUGAUUUGUGUGUCUGGUGAGCCUUUCUAUUCUGGUGAAAGAACGGUGACCAUCAGAAGACAAACAGUAGGAGGAUUUGGAUUAAGCAUAAAGGGAGGAGCAGAGCAUAAUAUUCCAGUUGUCAUUUCAAAAAUCUCCAAGGAGCAAAGAGCUGAGCUUUCAGGACUGCUUUUUAUUGGGGAUGCAAUUCUACAGAUAAAUGGAAUUAAUGUGAGAAAAUGCAGGCAUGAAGAAGUGGUUCAGGUUCUUCGGAAUGCUGGAGAAGAAGUGACGCUAACAGUGUCUUUUUUAAAAAGAGCACCUGCUUUCCUCAAACUCCCAUUGAAUGAAGACUGUGCAUGUGCCCCAAGUGACCAGAGCAGUGGUACCUCCUCUCCCCUUUGUGACAGUGGCUUACAUCUCAACUACCAUCCCAACAACACAGACACGCUGUCGUGCUCCUCGUGGCCCGCGUCCCCAGGUCUGCGCUGGGAGAAGCGAUGGAGCGACCUGCGGCUCAUCCCGCUGCUGCACUCCCGCUGCUCGCAGUACGUGCCCGGGACAGACGCCAGCCGGCAGAAUGCCUUUCAAGUCAUCGCUGUGGAUGGGGUCUGCAGUGGAAUUCUUCAGUGCCUCUCCGCUGAAGACUGGAUUGAAUGGCUACAAGCAAUAGCAACUAAUAUUUCAAACCUCACAAAGCACAAUAUUAAAAAAAUUAACAGAAACUUUCCUGUAAACCAGCAGAUAGUCUACAUGGGCUGGUGUGAAGUACGGGAACAGGAUCCCCUUCAAGAUCGCACAUAUUCCCCAACUUUUCUUGCCCUCAGGGGUUCCUGUCUUUACAAGUUUCUGGCACCUCCAGUGACCACCUGGGAUUGGACCCGAGCAGAGAAAACAUUCUCAGUUUAUGAGAUUAUGUGCAAGAUUCUCAAGGACAGUGACCUUCUGGACCGGCGGAAACAUUGCUUCACCGUGCAAUCCGAGUCUGGGGAGGACCUUUACUUCUCUGUGGAGUUAGAAUGUGACCUCGCCCAGUGGGAAAGAGCAUUCCAAACAGCAACCUUUCUAGAAGUAGAACGGAUACAGUGCAAGACAUAUGCGUGUGUGCUAGAAAGUCAUCUAAUGGGACUCACGAUUGACUUCAGCACAGGAUUUAUCUGCUUUGAUGCUGCAACAAAGGCUGUACUUUGGAGGUAUAAGUUUUCUCAGCUGAAAGGUUCUUCAGAUGAUGGCAAGAGCAAAAUCAAAUUUUUGUUUCAGAAUCCAGAUACUAAACAGAUUGAAGCAAAGGAGUUGGAAUUUUCAAAUCUAUUUGCUGUUCUUCACUGCAUUCAUUCAUUCUUUGCUGCCAAAGUAGCUUGUUUGGACCCUCUGUUUUUAGGCAGUCAGGCGGCUGCUUCUGCUUCUGCCAGCUCUGCUACGACAAGCAAAGCUAAGUAUACAACUUGA